GAACCAGUUAAAUAGUCUCUUCCCUAGAGCAGUCACGAGAAUGUUCCUAAAAAAAGUGUAGAAGGCCACAGGAGAGCGUCUGGAAAUUAAGGCCGUGAAGGGAAAAUAAAACAUGGUUUUCGAGUCGUUAGUGGCUGAUCUGAUCAACAAGUAUCUGGGAGAUUUCGUGGAGAACUUGGACAGAUCGCAACUGAAGAUCGGGAUAUGGGGAGGAGAUGUGGUUCUACAAAAUUUAGAUUUAAAAGAGAGUGCCCUGGAUGACUUGGACCUACCUGUCAAGAUAAAAGCGGGACAUAUAGGGAAGCUGACUUUGAAGAUUCCAUGGAAGAACCUGUACACUGAGGCAGUGGUGGCCACGAUUGACGGACUGUAUGCCCUCGCUGUACCUAAUGUCG